AUCAAACGUGAACCGGAUCCGCGGCUCCUCGUCCUCCGGGACUCUGCGCUCUGUGGAUCCGCUCUCUGGAUCUCCUCCCCGGGCUCCGCCGCCUCGCCGCUCCGCGUUCAUGUCCACGGACGCGGACGGAUCGAGGCUCCGGCUUCACUCGUCUUAAACCCGGUUUGACGCCUUUUCCUUUUAUCUUCUCGCUCUGGACUCUGGACCGAGAAAAGUGUUUUUUAUUUGAAUCACAUUUCUUCCACAUUCCUUUUUGUCGUCGCUGUUGUUUUUUUCUAUUUCAGCUCCUUCGCCGACUUUAACCAGAGGAACGUUUGUUUUCUGUUUUCUAAACUCUUUAAGGAGGAAAUAUGAGCUGAUGUUUUUUAUGCACCAGACGUCUCAUCUCUCUCUUCAUCUCCGCAGACUCACUUUAAACUUCAGCUGGAACCUGCAGCUUCUGGACUAGUUUGACGUUUAUUUCUUGGAGGAUUAUCGUGGAUUCCAGCCUCACUUUAUCUCAUCAUUUUAUUUUCCCAUGGAUCACUGUAAAUUAUUGUUUUGUUCUUGAAAGACAGAGAAAAUCAUUCCCAGCUUUCUAGAAGGAACUCAUGGGAUUUUAAAGAAAACAACAGCAGAUCUUUGAUAAGCUCCAAAGGUCCAUGUUGGUCCUUUAAAAAACAAAGAAGAAGAAACCAGAAGAACUGUUCAAAUUAAUUCUAAAUUCUAUCUGGAACGCGUGAAGACUCACCGUGAAGAUUUGGGAUAAAUCAAGGAAAAAGCUACAAUCAGGAACAUGAAGAACGUUUUAUGAAGCUUUGAUGAGGAAUCCUACAAGAAGAUUGUGCCUUUAAGGGAACCGUGAAGGAGCCUCAGGGACCCACAAAGGUGCAGCUUAAGACCUUUUCCAGAGAAGGUCUGGAGACCACAGGACCCUCAACGGCUUAGAGGAAGCCCGAGAACUCCUCCGGGACCCCCUAGAGGAUCGAUGGGAACCCUGCGGGACCUCCAGUACGCCCUGCAGGAGAAGAUCGAGGAGCUCCGGCAGCGCGACGCCCUGAUCGACGAGCUGGAGCUGGAGCUGGACCAGAAGGACGAGCUGAUCCAGCGGCUGCAGAACGAGCUGGACAAGUACCGGUCCGUGAUCCGGCCCGCCACCGCCCAGCAGGUCCAGGCCCAGCAGAAGAACCUGGUCCUGCAGCCGGACCAGCACCGGAGCAAGAGGCAGGCGAUCUCCGCCGAGCCCACGGCCUGCAACAUCAGCGACCUCAGCCACGUCACGCUGCCCUUCUACCCCAAGAGCCCACAGUCGAAGGAGCUGAUAAAGGACGCCAUCUUGGACAAUGACUUCAUGAAGAACCUGCAGCUUUCUCAGAUCCAGGAGAUCGUGGACUGCAUGUACCCGGUGGAUUACGGGAUGGACGCCUGCAUCAUCAAAGAGGGGGACGUGGGCUCGCUGGUCUUCGUGAUGGAAGAGGGGAAGGUGGAGGUGACUAAAGAAGGGAUGAAGCUGUGCACCAUGGGACCGGGCAAAGUGUUUGGAGAGCUGGCGAUCCUCUACAACUGCACCAGGACGGCGACUGUCAGGACUCUGAGCCAUGUGAAGCUGUGGGCCAUCGACCGUCAGUGUUUCCAGACCAUCAUGAUGAGAACGGGACUCAUCAAACACGCCGAGUACAUGGACUUCCUCAAGAGUGUUCCCACCUUCCACAGUCUCACAGAGGAAACUCUCAGUAAACUGGCCGACGUCAUGGAGGAGACUCACUAUGGAGAUGGAGAGUACAUCAUCAGACAGGGGGCGAGAGGAGACACCUUCUUCAUCAUCAGUAAAGGGACGGUGAAGGUGACCCAGGGCGAUGCUGUCCACCAGGACCCAGUUCCCCUGAGGGAGCUGGUCAGAGGAGACUGGUUUGGAGAGCGAGCGCUGCAGGGGGAGGACGUCAGGACGGCGAACGUCAUCGCUGCCGAGUCCGUCACCUGCCUGGUCAUCGACCGAGAAUCGUUCAAGCAUCUGAUUGGUGGACUGGACGACGUUUCAAAUAAAGGUUAUGAGGACGCGGAAACCAAAGCCAAAUAUGAGGCAGAGAACGCCUUCUUCUCCAGCCUGAAGCUCAACGACUUCAACAUCAUCGACACUCUGGGAGUUGGAGGCUUCGGACGCGUUGAACUGGUGCAGCUGAAGAACGAGGAGGCGAAGACGUUCGCCAUGAAGAUCCUGAAGAAACGACACAUCGUCGACACGAGGCAACAGGAGCACAUUCGCUCCGAGAAACACAUUAUGACGGAGGCGCAUUCAGACUUCAUCGUCAGGUUGUAUCGGACGUUUAAAGACAGUAAAUAUCUGUACAUGCUGAUGGAGGCCUGUCUGGGUGGAGAGCUCUGGACCAUUCUGAGAGACAGGGGUUCGUUUGAAGACUCAACCACCAGGUUCUACACGGGCUGCGUGGUCGAGGCCUUCGCCUACCUGCACGCCAAAGGCAUCAUUUACAGAGACCUGAAGCCUGAAAACCUGAUCCUGGACAGCCGAGGAUACGCCAAGCUGGUGGACUUUGGUUUUGCGAAGAAGAUCGGUUUCUGUAAGAAAACGUGGACGUUCUGCGGGACGCCGGAGUACGUGGCCCCAGAGAUCAUCCUCAACAAGGGCCACGAUGUCUCUGCAGACUACUGGUCCCUGGGCAUCCUGAUGUACGAGCUGCUAACUGGCAGUCCACCGUUCUCAGGUCCAGAUCCAAUGAAAACCUACAACAUCAUCCUGAGAGGCAUCGACAUGAUCGAGUUCCCUAAGAAGAUCACCAAGAACGCUGCGAACCUCAUCAAAAAGCUCUGCAGAGACAAUCCUUCAGAGAGACUUGGGAACCUGAAGAAUGGAGUCAAAGACAUCCAGAAGCACAAGUGGUUUGAAGGUUUUAACUGGGAGGGGCUGAAGAAGGGAACUCUGACUCCGCCCAUCACGCCUGACGUGUCCUCUGCCACAGACACCAGUAACUUUGACAGUUUCCCUGAAGACGCAGAUGAACCUCCACCAGAUGACAACUCUGGAUGGGACUACGACUUUUAAAUCAAACUGAAACCUGAAGCCGGACUCUCUCCAGGCUUCAGGUGAAGCUCCUCGACGUGGCUUUUUAUGCACGACUGGACCCUGAAGGAUCUAAAGUGACCCCCUAGGACUGGAGUACUGGUUCCACCGGCCAAGUCCUUUAAGGAGAUGGAAGGUGAAUGAGUUCAGUGAUCAAACAAACGACGGAGUUUGAGUCUCUGGUGAAUUCAAGGUUUUUUUAACCUCAGAAGAUGAUCUCAGCUUCUCGGUAUUUUAGAUCAUUGCUUGGAUUCUGCAGCCGAGGCCGUUGGAGAUCCUACAACAACGAUGGGUCCUGGUUUGGCUGCAGAGGAACUUGGACGUUUUCUUCUUUUCCUGCAUUAUUGAACGCCACCUUGGAUCCACAGAAAUGUGAAACCAAACCAAUGGUUUGUAGCAAAAGUGACCCAGAAAUGAGUUGGUGACUGGAUGUGCAGAAAGCAGCAAAUGGGAAACGACUGGAGGUGACACUGGUCCAGUCCUUGAACCAGAGAAACCAACAGAAGCUGAGAAUCUGUUCAAUGAUCAGUCAACAGGUUUGUUCCUGCGUCCGGAAUAAUCCAGGGACAAUCUCUGAACAUCAAUCCCUGGUGCAUUCAUGAUAACUUUUGGAGAUCCUACACCAAUGAUGGAUCCUGGUUUGGCUGCAGACGAACUUUAGGUUUAUCUCUACAGAAAUGUGCCGACACUGACGACGUGUUUGAACAAUGAAGCACUUUGGUUUACGUCCUAUCAGAUGCUGCAACACUUAACGCUGACAUUCAACCAGAAAUUGCAUUUUUUUUCUCGUCAUUUAAUUGUUAAGAAACACGGGAACACAAACAGGUUCUAGAUGCAUUCGUCCAAACAUCCAAACAAAUAUCCACAUUAUAUGAAAUCCCUACCACAAAAUAAAAGAUACAAGGUGUUGCAUUUAGUCCAUGGUCUGCUAAAAAAAAAGUUCCCAAGAUCUCCUCCCGUCUUCCACUUAGCCUUCAGUCUGCAGAGCACAGCGUCCUAGGAUUCAUCCACUCAGAUUAGCUUCUCUCUGGAAGCUGGAAUCAGGCCCACGAUGACAGAAAGUUUUCUUUUAGAUUCAUGUGGUAAUUGUUGCCCUAACCCUAGUGGACACAGAGCAGGAGUCAGGGGGACUGUUGAGCCAGACUAUUCACUCAGGAAGUCAACAACCUUUGCCCAAAAUGGAGCCACUAACUUCCACUCCCCCAUACAGAGCAAAAAAGUUCCCAAUCCUGUUUUAUGUUUCCAACACUUUCAUUCUGUGUCGUCUCACGGGGGUUUGUUAAUACCUGGGUAACUUCUUAAACCUGUCAAUGAAGCUACUGGAGUAUCUGGACUGGACUUUUAUCUGUAGGUGCUUCCCAGAGGAACGGACUAUGCUGGAAACCAGAACCCUGAAGGGACCCAAAGACCCCAAGCAGAUCUUUGAGGUGACGACUUUGUUGGAAUUAACACAAAGUUGUAAUUUGUAACUCUGCCAACAAAAGAAUAAACUGGUAAAGGCUUGAGAUGAACCAGUGGAAGCCCUCUGCUCCUGUCAGGUGUCCGUCAUCACUGGCCGACCUUUGACCCCUCAGAGGACGAUCAUUCUGCUUCUCUGUCUGAACGCUGGCAUCUGGACGAAGGGUUCAAAGUCCAGGAGAAACUCUGAGAGUUUGAAAGACAAACUUGAGGUCACCGUGAUGCCUUCACUUCUCGAGGACGAUGAAGACUUUUAAACUUUCCUUUUUUGUCAUUCUUUACUUUGUAUAUCUCUGAACUGCAUGAGAACUGAUGACGUUUGCACAUGUUUCCAAGACUUCCUACGUGUUUUUGCACAUAAACACUCAACAGACACGUCCACGACUUUAAUUUCUCAUCAGCUGUUUGGUCUGAAGGCGUCUGAGGCCGAGGAUGUUUCACAUUUACAGACAGCUUUUUCAGUCUUUAACUAUUAGUGACUCAGAUUAGUCAAACCUCUCGUGUCAGAGACGCCAUCUCCUCGAGCCAAAAAGACACGUCAACAUUCCCAAAGAAGACGUUUGACAUAUAAAAGGUUUUAAAUCGACUUAAAGGUAUCGACUUCACAGAUUUGUUCUCAUGUCUUUAUGAAUAAAGUUAUUAUUAUUAGUUAUUGCACAACUUGUUUCUACAGUUAAAUGAGGAACUGUUAACAACGACUAAGAAAAACUUCCAAAAUUCAAAAAUCCUCAUCACAGGAAGAGACACCAUCAUGCUAAUGCUAAGUCUAGUGGGCUAAACCUUGGGUUGCUAACUGAUUUUUUUAUUUUAUUUUAUUUUUUGCUAUAUUCACUUGCUAAUAUUAGCAACCAAUAGUUAACACUAGGCGCAGACUGCAGGAGUUUCAGUUCAGUUCAUUAACACCCUCCUGAAAAUCUGCUAGUGUGACAUGUUUACAGAUACUGAUUGAAUAAUCGAAGGUAAAUCACAUCCUGAUUAAAUCAAACAGAGCCAAACAUUUACCAGGUGAAUGUUUUAUUCUUUACGUGGAGGAUGAUUAAAUCCUCUACUGACCUGAAUCAAACAUUUCUGAAGAACCUCUGAUUUUCCCGGUUAUAAACUUAUUCAACACUGUUUGUGACAAGCAGCUGAAACAGGAAAUCAAACACAUGAUAACCGCAUGCGUUCAGAAACUCCACGUGGAAUGUUGAGCUGAGGUAGAUGUGCAAUCUUUGAGGUUCGUUUUUACUUCCACAGAGAAAAACUUUGUAUUUAUGACGUAUUUUGUGGCUUUUUUGGCAAAAGCUCCUGAUAAUUGUUUAACUUAAAACAACUUUUGUGCACGCCGUCUGUUUUUUGCUGUGAAAUCUUUUGGAGAAACUGUCGGUGAUGUGAUUUCUGCAUGACAACAGUGGUUUGUGAUGUUCUCACCACCCGGGGGCUGAAUACAGAUGAGACGGUUUAAGGUCUGGAGGCUGGAGCAAAACGACAAAUAAUUGGCUUUUAAAGUUGAUUUCAUCUCGUAAAGACUCUUAAUUCACCUCAUAACUCCAACCAGGAAGUAUCAAGCGCCUUUCAAAAUAAAGAACUGAUGCUGCAAAAUAAAAUUACCCCUAAAAUAUUAUUUAAUUAAAAAAAAAAAGGAAAAAAAAAAGAUCGUUUGGACCAGAAGGAGAAAACUUCACAUUUAUGUUGAUGGGUUUAUGUAACACUGAUUUAUUUGUAUAUAUUGGUAAUACAGUGCUUUCUAUUAUUAUUAUUAUUAUUAUUAUUAUUAUCAUUAUUAUUAUUAUUAUUAUUAUUAUUGUCUGCCAUGGUAGCUGAGUUCAGUUCAAAAAGCUUUAUGGUCAUGACUGUUAAACAAACAAAGAAAGAAAACUUUUGCCAAAGCGUUUGGACGUGUUUAAAAAUAAAAAGUUGUUAAUAAAAAAAGACUUGACAUUG